AUGAAUUGUCUUAUUGUUUUUCUCUUGUGCUUAAUUACACCAUUAUCAAUUUCAAUAUCAAUACGGCGUCCUCCAUGUGGUUCAGUAUGUGAUAUAUAUUGUCAAUUCGGCAAUGUAGCAGAUGCAAAUGGAUGUCCAGUAUGCACAUGUAAGAAGACUCCAUGUGAAAAUAAUCAAGAUUCAUUAGUAGGAUAUUUUUGUGGGAGGGGUCCUGAUCGUCGUGAAUGCCCACAAACACAUUAUUGUCAUAUUGCACCAAAUGAUGCUUAUGCUGUUUGUUGUCCUCGUCGCUAA